CACGUCCUCGCGUCCUCCCCAUUCAGGCUGCACUUUGAAUAAGGAAGAUGGCGGCUGCAGCAGUAGUUGAAUUCCAGAGAGCUCAGUCUCUCAUUAGCACCGACCGCAACGCCUCCAUCGACAUUCUGCACUCUAUAGUGAGGAGAGAUGUCCAGGAGAAUGAUGAAGAAGCUGUCCGAGUCAAAGAACAGAGCAUCCUGGAGCUGGGGACGCUGCUGGCCAAGACGGGACAGGCAGCAGAGCUCGGGGGUCUCCUGAAAUUUGUCCGGCCGUUCCUGAUCUCCAUCAGCAAGGCCAAGGCGGCCCGGCUGGUCCGCUCCCUGCUGGACUUGUUUCUGGACAUGGAGGCGGCGACAGGCCAGGAGGUGGAGCUGUGUCUGGAGUGCAUCGAGUGGGCCAAGGCCGAGAAGAGGACCUUCUUACGACAAGCUCUGGAGGCUCGUCUGAUCUCUCUCUACUUCGACACCAAGAGAUACCAGGAGGCCCUGGCGCUCGGCUCUCAGCUGCUCCUGGAGCUGAAGAAGAUGGACGACAAAGCCCUGCUGGUGGAGGUCCAGUUGCUGGAAAGCAAGACGUACCACGCCCUCAGCAACUUGCCCAAGGCCCGCGCCGCCCUCACCUCCGCGCGAACCACCGCCAACGCCAUUUACUGUCCCCCCAAACUGCAGGCGGCGCUGGACAUGCAGUCAGGGAUCAUACACGCGGCAGAGGAGAAGGACUGGAAGACGGCCUACUCCUACUUCUUUGAAGCGUUUGAGGGCUACGACUCCAUCGACAGCCCCCGAGCCAUCACAGCCCUCAAAUACAUGCUCCUCUGCAAGAUUGUCCUCAACUCACCAGAGGAGGUGCAAUCUCUGAUCAGCGGCAAGCUGGCCCUGCGAUACACCGGCCGCCAGACGGACGCACUGAAAUGCGUGGCCCAGGCCAGCAAGAACCGAUCGUUAGCAGACUUUGAAAAGGCCCUCACAGAGUACAGAGCAGAGCUGAGGGACGACCCCAUCAUCAACACACACCUGGCCAAGCUCUACGACAACCUGCUGGAACAGAACCUCAUCCGGGUCAUCGAGCCCUUCUCCAGAGUGCAGAUAGAACACAUAUCAGGUCUCAUCAAACUGUCAAAGGGGGACGUAGAGCGCAAACUAUCGCAGAUGAUCCUGGAUAAAAAGUUUCACGGCAUUCUUGACCAGGGCGAAGGAGUCUUGAUCAUAUUUGAGGAACCGCCAGUGGACAAAACGUACGAAGCAGCCUUGGAAACCAUUCAGAACAUGAGCAAAGUCGUCGACUCGCUUUACAACAAAGCCAAGAAGCUGACAUAGAGCAGACGACUCGAGGCUGCGCGGCGGAGGAUCCGUGUGUGUUUGAGCAGCGUAUGUAACAUUUGAAGAAGGGGACGAGGGAGAAGAACACAACGUGCAGACAACAGGAUUCCCCUAUCAGACACACCCCUGCCUCCCCCCCACUCAACGGACAGUAUCGCAACUUCUCUUCUUUUCUUUGUUUGGUCCCCACCCCCACCCCUUCAUUUUGAUAUCUCUUCUAACUCAGCGGCCGAGCCAGGCCAUCAGGGAAUACUAUUGUACAACUACAAUAAAAAGGUGAAAAGGAUGAACAGUACAUACAUAUAUCUUUAUAUCUCCAAUAAGCUGAUUCCACGGAAACCUCACAGGUUUUAACUUUGACCUCUGCAGCCUUCAGCUCUGCUUCAAAUGCAGAAACAACACUUUUGUCGUUUUUCUUGUCCCUUUCAAAAGCUCACUGUUCGCUUUUUGGAAGGUCGGAGCCCAAUUUCGGUUGAACAGCGCCCUCUGGCGCCUCUUCACUUCCCCCAUAUCAAUGCCAACUCCUUCAGUCCCCACUGUAUUUCAGAAGUGUAUUAAACUCACUAUAUUUGCUUUUGGUUUUGUGUUUUUGUAAUAAAAAAAAUACAAUGAUGGUUGCCACAUGCCUGCCCCCCCUCCCCCACCCUGAAUGCUCAUGUACGUUUCCAAAAGAGGCAAGAGGAAAUUUCACCAAGAGUGCCGCAUUUCUUGGCGCUGGUUUGAUUCGUAAAGUCGGAAGGGGCAAAGAUGUCUCCUUUGCCUGUCGAGCAUCCCCGAUUCUCCAUUGUUAGUUCCUAGCAUUAGUGUGGUAUGCUAGUAACCAAACAAUUUGUAUGGUUUUGAUUUUUUUCUCUUAUAAAGACAUUUUCAAAAUAAAUAUUUUGUAUUUUAAAGACAUUUGUCCUGUCUUUUGGAAUAACACUAAAGUACCUUGACAUGUGUCUUAGCUCAAAAUGCUACUUGCCCUGUUCGUAGCAAAGUCAAGUUUGAACAGCUGAUUACUAAACAUUUAAAAAUCUUUUACGAUACUAAACAUUUAAAGUACUGUAGUGAGCCUUAAGGCAAUUAUUGAUGUGUUCAUGUAUAUGUGUUCCAGUGCUAGGGGAAUUAAAACGGCGGCGGACAGGACGUGACGUCACACAGACGUUCAAGUUAGCUUGGGCU